AAUGAAAUCAAAAGGCUAGCUUUAAUCAGAUGAUGAUUUUGAUACUCUGGGAUCAUAUACAUCAAUGACCUAUGAAGAUAAAACAAUCGAAGUAAUACAAUACAGAAAGGAGAAUUUCUUUCAGUUUGGAUCUUCUAUAUUAGCUGUAUUAUAUAUGGCUAAUACUAUGUUGAUUCCUAAUAUGAAUUAACUUUUUAUUGAUAUAUCUUUUGAUAAUCCUUUAAAAAUGGUUAUUUCAGUGGUAAUUUAUUGGUUACUCUCAUUUUUAAUUUUGAUACCAUGUUAUUUGGUUAUUUAAAUAUGCAAAUAAGAAAGCAAUCCUAUUUAUGCACAUAUAAUCAGAUAAGAUUCAACUAAAAUCUAUCAUGCAUUCAUAUAUUGUAAUUUAAUAAUAAAUACACUUGGAUUAUUUAAUAUUAUUGUUAGAUUGGGUGAUAGUUUACCUAAAGUUAAUAGAUGGUUUUAUAAUGAAUUUCACAGUCUAAUGGCUUCAUAACAAUCAGAAUUGUUCUUCCCUACUAUCAUUUGUUAUUCAGCAGUAGUUUUAGUAUUAUUUUAUGGAUUUUAUAAAUUUUCAUAUUUUGAACAUUACUAUGAUAUUCAAUAUAGACUCAUAAUAUCAUUUGCAGGUAAAUUAUUUCUGAAUACAUUAAUAUUCAUAUUGAUUUAUUAUGAAGUACCUGAUGCAAGUUAGGAAUAUAUAUAAAUGGAUGAAAAGUAAAUAUUUAUAGAAUAAUUAUAGUUUAUUUGAUUCAGAUUUUUCUAAUAGUGCUACAGAAUGGAUUACUUAUACAUUUAAUCAAAUUUGUUGUAUUUCAUACCCAUUCUUUGAAGUAUUCUAUCUCAAAAGAGAAACUAAAAAAGGUUAUUAAAAAGUUUAGUAAUGUUAUUGGAUCUAAUUGUUACUAAGAUCUUUGAUAUUUUUUUAUUAAAUUACUACUUGGGGUAUCAUUAUCAGAUAGCAAAAGAUGAAGUAUUAUUAUUAGCCAUUAUUGUAAUCUUUAAAUUCGUUAUUGAUUUUCCUGAUAUCCAUGUCAAUAACAUCAAUAUAUUCACAUAACUAUACUUUAAAUAAAGAAUUACUCGAAAAUAAUAUAUAGACUGCAACAGAUGAAGAUAAUAAAAAAUAAAUUAAAGAAAUUUAUUUAAUUGCAGCUGGGAUAUUUUUAUUUUAAAUAUGUAUUUGCAUUAUUUGCAGAUGUUUUAUUUAGAAUUUCGAAGUUCCACAAAUUAAAUCAUUUAUUUUCUCAUUAUCCUAUAGUGUUUAAACUAUAUGUUUUGGCUUUUCAUGUAUCAGCAUACCAGUUUAUUUGUGGAUUAAAAAUUUUGAUCCUCAAUCCAAAAUAUUUAAAGUUAUGGCUUAUUUAGCCAUAAUAGUCUAUAUGAUAGUUUUUAUUGGAAUUAGUAGUGAACCAUUUUUUUCAUUUAAAAAGUGA